CCGACCUGGCGUCUUUUUUUCCGCGCGCGGACAGAGCAGCAGCAGCAGCAGAGUCAGAGUCAGAGUCACUCUGGGACCAGGAUCAGAUCAGACCAGCUGUGGCGGAGCCGCGCGGCUCUUCACGUCUCUGUCGUUCGGACCGAACUCCUGAAGAUCACGGCUCUUUGUUUUCCUGUGGACACCUUCAUGUCCAACUCCAGUGCGCAGUAGUUUGUCCCCGGAGCCGCGCCGCUCACUCUGAAGAAAACAAGCAGAGGAGGAGGAGGAGGAGGAGGAAGAAGAAGAAGUUGUGCUGAUUGAAGAGGAUAAAUUGUUUGUGAGUGAGUGAGUGAGUGAGUGCAGCCGCAUCAUGGACUCAUCUGUGAGCACUUUGAUGUGGAUGAUGUUCCUGUUCCUCACGCUCACAUGUGACGCGGAUCCAGGUGUGUCAGCGGAUCCAGAUGCUGUGGCUGAGGCUCAGAGUGGCGCUGCACCUACAGCUGAAGGUUAUUUCCUGGAGUUCCAGGAGCCGGUCAGCAACAUCACCCACUUCCAGGGCCAGACAGCCACGCUGCACUGCAAGGUGUCAGGGAAUCCACGACCGUCCACCCGCUGGCUAAAGAAUGAUGCUCCUGUGGUCCAGGAGCAGGGACGCAUAACCAUCCGUAAGACAGAGGCAGGCUCCAAGCUCCGCAUCCAAGACCUGGACACGACGGACACUGGCUAUUAUCAGUGUGUUGCCUCCAACUCAUUGAAGGUCAUCUCUGCAACAGGCGUCCUCUAUGUCAAACUAGGACAGAUGCCCACACACAGUCCUGAUGAACCGUCACGUGAAAAAGGUUUCUGUCAACCUUACCGAGGCAUCGCCUGCGCUCGCUUCAUCGGCAACCAGAGCAUCUAUGUUGAGUCCCUGCAGAUGCAGGGGGACAGCGAAAACCGCAUCACAGCUGCUUUCACUAUGAUCGGCACCUCCACCCAUCUAUCAGACCAGUGCUCCAGGUUUGCCAUCCCGUCCUUCUGCUACUACGUCUUCCCUCUGUGUGACGAGGGCUCUCGAGGCCCCCGGCGCCGCCAGCUCUGUCGCGACGAGUGCGAGGCCCUGGAGAACGACCUGUGCCACGCGGAGUACACCAUCGCCCGGUCUAAUCCCAUGAUCCUCAUGCAGCUCAAGCUCCCCACCUGCCACCUGCUGCCACGGCCAGAGACGCCUGAUGCCGCGUCCUGCAUGAGGAUCGGAGUGCCACCGGAAAAACUAGGCUCAUAUUCCCCCACAGAUCACAUCUGCUACAAUGGAAGUGGAGCUGACUACAAAGGCACGGUCAGCAUCACUAAGUCUGGUCAUCACUGUCAGCCGUGGAGCUCUCAGUUCCCUCACAGCCACCACCUGUUGCAGGAAUACCCCGAGCUGUGGGGGAGUCACAACUUCUGCCGCAACCCAGGAGGUCAGAUGCAGGCGCCGUGGUGCUUCACCUUAGACCCUCAUGUCAGGGUGGACCUGUGUGACAUCCAGCCCUGCAAGCCUCCAGAGAACCCCAGGAAGGAGAUCCUGUUCAUUUUAAUCCCUGCCAUCGCCAUCCCUCUCGUCAUCGCCUGCCUCUUCUUCCUGGUGUGCGUGUGUCGUAAUAAGCAGAAGGCUUCGACGGACACGCCCCCUCGCUGCCAGCUCAGCGGCUCACCCACCCAGGACGUGGAGCUCUCGCUCCUCAACCAGCAAAAACACCAGACCAAGCUGCGGGAGGUUAAUCUGUCGGCAGUGCGAUUCAUGGAGGAGCUCGGCGAGGAUCGGUUCGGCAAGGUCUACAAGGGCCAACUGUACGGCACCACGCCUGGUGAGCAGGGCCAGGUGGUGGCCAUCAAGACGCUAAAAGACAAGGUGGAUGUCGCGCUCUGUGAGGAGUUCCGUCACGAGGCCAUGCUCCGCUUUCAAAUCCAGAAUCAACAUUUAGUGUCUUUGCUGGGUGUGGUCACCAAAGAGCAGCCAAUGAGCAUGAUAUUCUCCUACUCCAGCCUUGGUGACCUGCAUGAGUACCUGGUGAUGCGCUCCCCCAACUCAGAUGUGGGCAGCGUCGAUGAUGAUAAGACAGUGAAGUCCACUCUGGAGCAGGCGGACUUCCUUCACGUGAUCACGCAGAUCGCUGCGGGAAUGGAGUAUCUCUCCAGCCAACAAGUGAUCCAUAAAGACCUCGCGGCCCGAAACAUUCUGGUCUUUGACAAACUCAACAUCAAGAUUCUGGAUCUAGGCCUCUUCAGAGAUGUCUACUCCGCCGAUUAUUACAACCUCAUGGGCACCAGCCUGUUCCCGAUUCGCUGGAUGUCCCCAGAGGCAAUUAUGUACGGCAAGUUCUCCACCGACUCUGACAUCUGGUCCUACGGCGUCCUGCUGUGGGAGACUUUCAGCUACGGUCUGCAGCCGUACUGUGGCUACUCCAACCAGGAUGUGAUUGAGAUGGUGCGCAACCACCAGCUGCUGCACUGUCCAGACGACUGCCCGGCAUGGAUUUACGCUCUCAUGCUGGAGUGUUGGAGCGAAUUCCCUGCGAGAAGACCUCGCUUCAAGGACAUGCACACACGCUUGCGCUCCUGGGAGAGUCUGUCCAACUACAACAGCUCUGCUCAGACGUCUGGCACCAGCAACACGACCCAGACCAGCUCUCUCAGCACCAGCCCUGUUAGCAACAUCAGCAUGAGCACGGCGAAUACCUCACGCUACACCAGCCCUAAAAAGGGCUCGCCCUUCCAUCAGCCCCAGUUCAUGCCCAUGAAGGGCCAAAUGCACCGGCCCAUGGUGCCCCCGCAACUCUACAUCCCCGUCAAUGGAUACCACCACCCCAUGUCAUACCCAUACCUGCAGAACUUUUACCCCAUGCAAAUACCCAUGGCCAUGCCCCAUCAGCAGAUGCACCACCCACCACAAGUGGUCAGCAAGGCCGGCUCUCACCACAGUGGCAGUGGAUCCACGUCCACAGGCUACGUCACCACCGCCCCGUCCAACACGUCUGCGACAGAGCGAGCGGCUUUGUUGAACGACAACUCCAAGACCACCGACGAGGACUUGGCCGACCGGGCGUCCCAGGAAGAAGCAGGCCUACAUGAGGACUCGUCGGUGCCAGAAACGGAAUUGCUAGGCGAUAAUGACCCUUCACACACUGAUGAAUUGGUUGUCCACUUGUCGGACACAUAAGUGUCUCUCUCUCUGUGUCAGUUUGAAGGACAGUAGAGCUGAAGUGUUCCGUGAGCUGGUCGUUUGCUUGCCAGAGGAUUCAUUGAGAAGCAUCAAGUGAAAAGAGACAUUUUUGAAACUGUGACUGAAUGUUUUUUUGUAGAUGGCAUCGAUACAUUUCCAGUGUGUCUCAUGUCUGUAUUUCUUACACGCCUGUGCCGAAGAUUAAGCCAAAUGAACUGAUGAACUGAUGAUUCUCAUCCUCAACACGUCAGAUGCCAUCUCUCUGCACGCCGCCGUACUGAUGACAUUAGAUGCUCCUUCAACAUCUUUCCACCAACUUAUAAUGCAGAGGAAUUUAAACCCAAACCAGCAAUCAAUAAAUGAUAAUUGAUCGAUUACUAAAU